GCGGCUCCGAGUCAUCCACACCGCUGCUCUCUCCACAGAUAACCUCCUCCUCUCCCAGCCACCCCGCGAACUCCUUCUACUACCCGCGGCUGAAGUCCCUGCCCCCCAUCGCCAGAGUGACCCUGGUGCGACUCCGGCAGAACGCCAGGACCUUCCUUCUGCCCGCCCCAAGCCCCGCGGGCGCCGGCGGGGGCAAUGAGAUCGCUGACAGCCUCUCAGUUCCAGAAACGCCGCUGGACUGCGAGGUCUCCCUGUGGUCGUCCUGGGGGCUGUGUGGAGGUCCCUGCGGGCAGCUGGGAGCCAAGAGCAGGACUCGCUACGUCCGCGUGCAGCCGGCCAACCAUGGGGCACCCUGCCCCGAACUUGAAGAGGAGGCCGAGUGCGUCCCCGACAACUGUGUCUGAGACCAGAGCCCCGCAGGCCUUCCACCCCGCGUGGGGGCCAAGCCCGGUGGUUCAGCUGGCCAAGCGGGGCUUUGUCCGCCACCUCUCUGAGCGCCAACGCUGACCCACCCCUCCGCACAGACACGCCUCCGGCUGCUGGAAGGAGCAGGAGGUGGGGAGAGGCGACUCUUUCAGCAGGCUUUCCUCUCGGGCACCCAGUCCUGGGACCCACUCUCGUGGGUGACUUCAGCCCUGAGCUUACAAGUCUCUGCGAUACAUCGUGCUCCCCUCCACUUCCUGCUGGUCGGAGGUUGUCUUCGCGUGCAGACGGCGUGCCCACAGCGCCCACCCCACGGGGCCACUGCAGGAGAGCCGCACAGCCCCACGCCCAGGAGCCCCAGGCCACAGCAGAUAGGAAAUACCUCGGACCUGCUGUCCCCAGGGGAACCGGCGCCCACCCCCCUGCCUGCCCCGCAGGCCGAGGCUGUCCCAGGCAGGUCACACACGUCAGGGGAAUAAAGGAGAGCAGGCUCGGACACCUCACCUUGGCAUUGUCACGUGACCCAUCUCCCUGCACUUGAAUAAAGACUGUUUCCUGAUAUUA